CAGACACGUACGCGAUUAAUUCGGCUCGGUCCGUCCCGCAGAGACGCCCAUAGUCGAUUGAGUACAUGCAGGCGAUAUUGUUUCUUUCUUCUGCUCUGGUCACCGUCGUCGCCGUAUCCUCUUUCUCCUGCCACCACCAUGAGUGGCAUACUAUCGUCGCCAACCCUCAGUGUGCCAACGCUCUCCAUUGAAACAUCUCAGUCAGCGUCAGAACUCAAGGUCCGGAUGGGUCGUGCGAGAAGUAGUAGUCUCGUCAAGGUGGAAACCGUCGGUCGUAACUCGCAGGAAGAAGACUUGGAUCAGAGUGUAUAUGACAAUGUGAAUGCUGAGUGGGUCAAUCGAAAGGGUGCAUGGCUCAUUCAUCCGAUCCUCAUCUUUACGGGGAAAAUAGUGAUUGACACUAUCCCUGGUAUGCGUCAAGAAGUCAGCUGGACACUAGUCAAUCUCCUAUACCUUAGCUUGUCAUAUCUAAUGUUUCACUACGUGACCGGAAUCCCUUUCCAAUCCGACUUACACAGCGGGGCUUAUGAUGACCUAACGUUGUGGGAGCAGAUUGACGAAGGGGCGCAUUAUACUCCGGCAAAGAAAUGGCUCUUUAGCGUUCCUAUCGGGCUAUUCCUUGCAUCGACCCAUUACACUAAUUACAACCCAUGGCUAUUCGCCAUUAAUCUCACAGCCCUCCUCUUCGUUCUCCUUCCCAAAUUACCCCAGUUUCACCGACAGAGAGUACGGUUUCUUGUGGACGAUGAUCCGUCAGGCGUCACCACACCCAGUACCCCCAACUUCCCUCAUUCAGGCUCACUAACUCCGACAAGUCUUGGCGACGGCUCAAUACCUCCAAUUCACAUAACUGAAGCAGAGUUUCGAUGACCAUACCCGCCUUGCGUAAUGCGUUCUCGUGCCUGUCUAUCUGGGUUCUUCGUGGGUCUGCUUUAGAGUGUUUGGAAGAUACACACGAUCUAGGGCCUGGUCUACCUUGUUGCAUACGUACAUCUCUUUACCAGAACAAUCACUCGUUGUUUUCGUUUUUCUGUCCUCACUGCACUCUCUUCAACUGUCUAUGCUCACCUUAGACAAUGUAUAUGAUAGACAUCGGAUCUAAUUAAUGGUACAUACAUCCUUGCUAUGAUAAAUUCUAUACGAGGAUUAAACGCAUCUACAGUUU